GAUCUAUUUAAUUUUUAGGACAGUGAAAGUGUCACGAAUAUUGAACACCCAUCAUCAAGCAAAGUCUCAGAAAUGCGACCACACACGCACACACACACACACACACGCGCACACACACACACGUUCACACACAAUCACGCACACACACACACACAGACACACACACACAUGGGGAUGAUUGGAGCAGAAGCAGUGGAAGCUUGGAGUCUGUUCUGAUUGGUUCAGUGAUGAAGAGCUCUGAAGCUGAUUGGAUGUUGGGUUUCUGAGAUUAGGUGAUGGUCUGCAGCUCAUCCUCAGCUGAGGGCAUCAAUGGAAAUCAGGAUAAUAGCAUCAGGACCAGACGUGUUGACUGGAUAAUUUACUAAACUAACCGAAACAGGACUGGAAUUUCUCCAUCACUUCGUCAAACCAAACUGAGCGACAAAUCUGGCUGAAGGACGGCCAUGAGGGCUCUCAGCCGGCAGCAAUUCUUUCAGGAGCUUCCUUUGGGCUGCUUGCUUCCGACUGCCCAACAGGGUCUGCUGCAAGUGUGGCAGCUGCUGAUCAUGUGUUUAGCAUGCAGACUGCUGUGGAGAAUUGGUCACCUGCCCGCAUACAUAAAGCACCUCAGCACAAUUGCAUGUGGCUUUUACACCCUCUACCUGUUCUUUGGGCUGCACAUGGUGUGGGUUGUGCUGCUCAGUCUUCUCUGCUACCUCAUCCUCUUUCUGUGCCGCCACUCCAGCACUCGCGGCCCCUUCCUUUCUAUCACAGUCCUCAUCUACCUCCUGCUGGGGGAGCUGCAUAUGAUGGACACAAACAGCUGGCACAAAAUGAGAGGUUCCCAGAUGGUAGUUGCCAUGAAGGCGAUCUCUCUUGCCUUUGACUUAGACAAAGGCACAGUGGAAAAAGUCCCCUCUCCAGUGGAGUUUAUGGGCUAUAUUUACUUUGUGGGCACUGUCAUAUUUGGGCCCUGGAUCAGCUUCAGCAGCUACAGGGAGGCAGUAGAAGGCAAAGAGCUUAGUGUCUCCUGGUUGGUGAAAGUGGCCAGCAGCUGGAUAAAGAGCCAGUUAUGCCUGGUGAUCUCCAACUGUGUCGCUCCUUACCUCUUUCCCUACUUCAUCCCUGUCUUUGGAGACAAAUUACUAAAAAAUAAGAAGAGGCGAAAGAACAGGGGUUUUGUUGCAAGGUGGCUGAUGGGAUAUGAACACAGUAUGGGCUUCCAUUUUAGUAAUUAUUUUGUAAGCUAUCUGAGCGAAACCACAACCACACUAUCAGGUGCAGGCUUCACAGAAGAGAAGGACCAUCUCAAGUGGGACCUUACAAUGGCUAACCCACUAAAUGUUGAGUUUCCCAGGUCUAUGUCAGAGGCUGUUAUUUCCUGGAACCUGCCUAUGUCUCAGUGGCUCAAUAUUUAUGUAUUCAAGAAGGCCCUCAAAUUCGGGACAUUUCAGGCCAUCCUCAUCACUUACACAACCAGCACUUUGCUGCAUGGAUUGAGCUUUCACAUUGCAGCUGUGUUAUUUACCCUCGCCUUCAUGACAUAUAUUGAGUAUGAGCUGAGGAAAAGACUGUCCAUCAUCUUUAAUGCAUGUGUCCUUUCCAAGAGAUGUCCAUCAGACUGCAAACACCAAAACAAGAAGGCAUUUUGGGUAUAUUUUAUUAAUGGAGCAUUUAGUGUACUAGCACUGGUGCACCUCACCUACCUGGCAUCAGUCUUUGGCUCUAGCGCUGAUGAUAUAGACUCAGAUGAGGAUGGUAUGGCCAGUCAUACUAUUCAUAAAUGGAGUGAACUGAGCUGGACGAGUCACUGGUUGACCUUUGGCCUCUGGGUUGUAUACCGCGUUAUUAUGUAAACUCAGACUAAGAGAUUAGGUGGACAGGGAGCAAAUAACAAACCUACAGAUGAUCUGCAGUGGUGGAAGCCAAGCUCCAUAUGACUUCACUGUGAAUUCCUCAUGCACUGGAGUACUAGAGAACAAAACUUCUAACAAAUCUGGACAUUAUCUGAUCAUCAGUACAACUUGAGUCCGGAGGCUGUGGUACAUGAGCACCAUAUGAGUGUCUCUGUGGCUUCUUUACUCAUUUAAAGGCCACAUCAUUCUUCCAAGAGCAGGCAGCAAGACCUAGAAACUGCUUUCCUUCAUUUUAUGUGUAUGUAAUAUUACAUAUUUAUAUUGUUAUAGUAUAUAUAAUGCUAUGUGAUUGGAUAAUGACAACAUGAUUUUUAAUCAAAGGACACUGUAUUGUACAUACACUUUUUAAAAGUAUUCUCAUUUAAACUUUGCAUUGACUUUACACAGAUGAAGGAAUUUAAGGUAUUUUUUAAAGCAGUGCUUGGUUAGUUAAACUAAAAAACACUAAAGCCCAUUCCCAGAUGGACAUGGAAUCAAUCUGGCUGGCUUUGAUAUUGUUUAGGGUCAUUUAGGGUGAUUUUUCAAAUGCAAAGUAAAAAAAAUCAGUGAAGUAUUGGUUUGAAUUAUAGUCCAUGGUUUGAAUAGCAUAAAAUACUGGUGCAAUAGUGCAAAUCUGUUUCAAGUUAAAGGCUAAUACCACAAACACAAACAUUAAAAGUGCAAUAAUUCAAUAACUGAAACCCGAAGCUCAGCACAUAUAGUAUUUUCUAGACUUACGUGCCAACUGUGUGCAAACGUCAGCUAGACUUUAUGACUUAUAUGAGAAUUUUAAAAAUCUAGUAGGAAUUAGGUUUAGUGUUUAGGGAGAGAGGUCAAUCACAAAUAUCUUACAGCUAACCACAGCACAUAUCAUACUGUGUUUCACACACAAGUUCUGAAGCCUGUAUUUGCCAAUUUUUAAAGAGUAUUGGAUUUAUUUUUAAUAUGACCAUGAGCCAGUGCAGAUUCUAGUUUGUAUUUAAGAAUAAUGUGAAACUACUAUGAUAUUGACCUGUUUACAAGAUUUAAAUAGAUAUUUAAAUGUGCAUUCAGUGUUAAGUUAUUGCAGAUCUUAAUAUCUGAUUUCUCUCUGUUAUUCCUCUGUUCUUCCUCUUGUACUAUUUUAGUCUUAUGUAUUUUAGCACACUCAUGUAUUAGUAUUUUUCAUUAUUUUUUGUUUGUUUGUUUAUUUAUUUACAUUAUUAUUGGUAUAUUCACCAGCGAUCAGCUGAUUCAUAUUGAGAUGUGCCAAAUGGAGCGAUCAACUCAUUAAUAUUUAACCAUUUUCCCAAGCUGUAUGUGUUUUUAUAAUCUUUGUAUGAUUUGUCCAUCCAGUAUUCAUGAGCAUUCUUAUUUAUAAUCUCCCUUUGGUAAUAAACAAUAAAGACUUUAUAUUACAUACAAAUGUUUUGUGUGUGUGUUUGUUGGAGGAAGAAAAAGCAAAAAUAUACCAAAUGGCUCCAUCAUCAGGGGUCAGUUUUGGACCACAGGACUGCUGAUGGCUGGAUAAUUUCGGUCAGCUGAGUGUUUCUCAACCCAGCAGUGACACUGAGGUGUUUAAAAACUUCAGCAACACACUCCUGUCCUGUGUGAUAUACUUCUACCUAUACGAGAUAUACACACUGCCAUGUCGGUGUCACUGCUGUGCUGAGAAUGAUGCACUAGGAAACAGUACCUGGUCAUGUAAGGCACAGGUUCCUAACCCUGAUCCUGGAGUACUCUCUGUUCUGUACAUUUUAGUGUUUUUCUUGCUCUAACACUGACUUCAAGUCAGGAAGUGCUGUUAAUUAGCUGAUUAAUUCAAUCAGGAAGCAGAGAAAACUCUAAAGUCUGUAGGCAUUUAGCAAGGGAUACUCCAUCCAUGAAGCAUAACCAGAGGGUCCAUGUUUACAUUUUUUUUUUUUAGUUACAGUGGUGAAACUCAUAACCCACCAUUAUGAAAGUUAGUACAUUUCUGGGUUCUUCUAGUUAUUAGCCAUUUUGACUAGACAGUUGAAUUAAAUGUAAUUGAAAAACAAUUGCUGAUAUUCAUAUUAUGUCAACUUGCACCUCAAGUUCUGGAAUAGAAAGCUCUGUGGUUAAACAGACGAAUAUUAUUGAAUACAUUUAAAGAAUUUUCAUAAAACAAAUGGUU